ACAGCGCUGAGGGCAGCGGCAGGCGCGGACGUUAUCAGCCCGGAACAACUCCUAAAAACCUGUCCAGUCGCCUCAAAACAAAGCGUCCGUCCAACCGACCUUUGUGCCUGUGACUCGCCUGGUUCCAGGCGGGCUUUCUUGCUCCAAGGUGUUAAAGCCCCACAAGCUUUCCUUUUUGCGUCCCCGCGCUGCCCCAGCCAUGGUGAUGUUCAAGAAGGUGAAGAGCUUCGUGGUGCUCUUCAGCGAGCCCGACAAGAUCUACUGCAGCGACAAGGUGGCCGGGCGUGUGGUCGUGGAGGUGGCCGAGGUGACCCGCGUCAAUGCCGUCAAGGUGUUGGCGUGUGGGGUGGCCAAAGUGACCUGGGCCAAGGGCCCGGCCCAGUGCCGGCAGGAGAUGGAGUACCUGCGCUUCGAGGACGUGCUGGCGCUCGAGGAGCAGCCCACGGAUGACGACGGCUCCGUCAUCCUCAGGCCUGGGAACAAGUACGAGUACAAGUUCGGCUUCGAGCUGCCCCAGGGGCCGCUGGGCACCACGUUCAAGGGGAAGUACGGCUGCGUGGAUUACUGGGUGAAGGCAUCCCUGGAGCGCCCUGCCUGCCCCACCCAGCAGGUCAAGAAACGCUUCGAGGUGAUGGAUCCCGUGGAUGUGAACACCCCGGAAUUGCUGUCCCCAGUUGCAGCCAAGAAGGAGAAGAAGGUGUCUUGUAUGUUCAUCCCGGACGGGCGCGUGUCUGUCAGCGCCCAGAUCGACAGGAAAGGCUUCUGUGAAGGCGACGAGAUCUGCAUCAACGCGGACUUUGAGAACACGUGCUCGCGCAUCGUGGUGCCCAAGGCGGCCAUCGUGGCCAAGCACACCUACCUGGCCAACGGCCAGACCAAGGUCUUCUGCCAGAAACUCUCCUGUGUCCGUGGCAACCACAUCAUCUCGGGCACCUCCGAGUCCUGGCGCGGCAAAACCAUCCGCGUGCGCAAGCUCAAACCCUCCAUCCUGGGCUGCAACAUCCUGCGUGUGGAGUAUUUCCUGCAGUAUCUACGUCAGCGUCCCGGGCUCCAAGAAAUCAUCCUGGAGCUGCCGCUGGUCAUCGGGAGCCGCUCGGGCAUCGGGAGCCGCAGCUCCAGCAUGGCCAGUCAGACCAGUUCCGAGAUGAGCUGGGUCGACCUGAACCUCCCGGAUGCUCCAGAGGGUGACCCCCCCUGCUAUCUGGACAUCGUUCCCGAGGAUCACCGGCUGGAGAGCCCCACCACUCCGCUCCUGGAUGAUCCCGACGGGUUCGACAGCCCCAUCUUCAUGUACGCGCCGGAGUUCAAGUUCAUGCCCCCCCCCUACACGGAGGUGGAUCCCUGCGUCGCCAACAACAACGUGCACUGAGCGCCGCGGCCGGCGGGUCGCUCCCGCUUAUCCCGGACUCGGCUCCGUGUGCCGCCCGCCCGCGGCAGGGCACCUGCUCCCAAGGAACUGCCACAUUCCCGGGGAAC